AGGUCCCUCACCUCCUCCCUGUAGGCUGUCUCGUCGUUGUUUGUAAUCAGGCCUACUACUGUUGUGUCGUCUGCAAACUUGAUGAUUGAGUGGCCACGCAGUCAUGGGUUAAAUUAAUGUUUUAGACGCAAAUAACUUUAUUUUUAUUUGAUUGAUUUCUAGAACACCUGUUUUGAUCAGAUUAAAUGUAUUAUGACACCAAAGAUUUUUUACAUCAUAGGGAGGCGACAGACAGUAUUUGUGUUCCUUGGAUUGUUACUGCGCAAGCGCAAUUUCGUGAGUCCUUGGAUGAUCCGCCUGCUGUAGGUUACGCAGCCUGUAAAGGGACACAUACAAAAUGCAGAGCUGGAAUCAAGUAUAUCGCACUCUGGCAACGCGGAGCCACCAACUCCCGAAUCGGCUCCAGGGUGCAACUGUUCUCUCCGUCCGAACAUAUGCUGACAAAGCACAGAUUGAUGCUGACGUCACAGUGGUGGGCUCUGGUCCUGGUGGAUAUGUUGCCGCAAUCAAAGCAACCCAGCUUGGUUUCAAGACGGUGUGUGUGGAAAAGAAUCCCACCCUAGGCGGGACUUGUUUGAAUGUCGGCUGUAUCCCCUCAAAGGCCCUGCUGAACAACUCAUAUCUGUACCACCAGGCCCAUGGCAAAGACUUCGAAAGCAGGGGCAUUGAAAUCUCAGGGAUCACAUUGAACCUGGAGAAGAUGAUGUCACAGAAGAGUGGUGCGGUCAAAGCACUGACAGGAGGCAUUGCACAUUUAUUCAAACAGAACAAGGUAACGCACGUGAACGGCUUUGGGAGGAUUACAGGCAAGAACCAGGUGACGGCCACGGCCGAGGACGGCAGUGAGCAGGUCAUCAACAGCAAUAAUAUCCUCAUAGCCACCGGCUCCGAGGUCACGCCCUUCCCCGGGAUUGAGGUUGAUGAGGACACUGUGGUGUCCUCCACGGGAGCCCUGGAUCUGAAGAAGGUCCCUGAGCAGCUCAUCGUCAUCGGCGCCGGAGUCAUCGGGGUGGAGCUGGGGUCAGUAUGGCAGCGUCUGGGCUCCAAUGUGACAGCGGUGGAGUUCCUGGGCCACGUGGGCGGCAUGGGCAUCGACAUGGAGAUCUCCAAGAACUUCCAGCGCAUCCUGCAGAAGCAGGGUAUUAAGUUCAAGCUGGGCACUAAGGUCAUGGGUGCAAUCAAGAGGCCCGACGGCAAGAUCGAUGUGGCCGUGGAGGCGGCUGCCGGCGGGAAGAACGAGACUCUGACGUGUGACGUGCUGCUGGUGUGUAUCGGCAGACGGCCCUUCACCAGGAACCUGGGCCUGGAGAACGUGGGCCUGGAGCUGGACAACAGGGGACGCAUACCUGUCAACAACCGCUUCCAGACUAAAGUACCCAGUAUCUAUGCCAUUGGUGAUGUGAUUGCCGGGCCCAUGCUGGCACACAAGGCGGAGGACGAGGGCAUCAUCUGCGUGGAGGGCAUGGCUGGGGGUGGCGUGCACAUCGACUACAACUGUGUCCCCUCUGUUGUCUACACACACCCCGAGGUGGCAUGGGUGGGGAAGACUGAGGAGCAGCUCAAAGAGGAGGGCAUCCCAUACAAGGUGGGCAAGUUCCCAUUUGCCGCCAACAGUCGAGCCAAGACCAACGCAGACACUGAUGGCCUGGUGAAGAUCCUCGGCCACAAGGAGACAGACCGGAUAUUGGGCGCUCACAUCCUGGGCUGUGGGGCAGGAGAGAUUAUCAACGAGGCGACGCUCGCCAUGGAGUACGGCGCGUCCUGCGAGGACGUCGCCAGAGUUUGCCACGCCCAUCCCACUGUGUCCGAGGCCUUCAGAGAAGCAAACCUCGCAGCCUCCUUCGGGAAAGCUAUCAACUUUUAACUGCCGUCUUCGCUCACACAGCUGUGUACAUAACCGUUCUGUCCACGACGUCCCCAAACCAGAAAUCUGUCCACAAGCAACGCACACCCUCUAGGAGGGGGACACGGAAUGUACCGUGACCCCUCAACUCCAAUUAAGGGACUCCUUUGUAUACAUACAUAGAAAACAGACACACCUUGUAUCACAUUAAGUAUGUAAUUUAAAUGUUGUCAAUAAAGGGGUUUGGGUGGUAAAAACAGACUGGAGAUAAAGUCUUUUUGACUUUCUACAUUGGUGUCUUGGGUGUUGCACUCAAGGUUUGCUGCUAUAUCAAAUAGCUACCUAUAUAUGUAUAUAUAUGUGUGUUAGUCGUAGUGUAUCUAGCAUUUUUCGAACACCACUUUCUUAUUAGUACAGUGCUCAGAUGUAUAUUCAUAGGUUGGUAUUGGGUGGAAUACAGCUGUUUUUAACAAUAAGAGAUGAGUCAUGACUGAAUAUUUUUAAAGACUGAGGCAAAACUACUUUUCAAUCGGAGUAAAGAGGUUGGAAAGUCCAAAGCAGCAACUCGCUUGUAUGAAUUUCAAUACUUAUUCAAAUAUGUAUUGUCUGUGUGUAUACGUUCUUGCUUAACUCCGAGCUCUACAAAACCAAUAAAAUGUAGUAACGUUU